AUGGACCUGGAGAGCAGCGUCAGAGACAGCCGGCUGCGCGGGUGCUGCCGGGCGCGCUGGCUGCCCGUGCCACAGCGGGACAGUCUCCGCGCCCCGUCGGCCCGCUCCUCGUUCGUGCUGGCUCCGUGGCCGACAGCUGCCUGUGGGGUGCUCCACGGCGGGCUCGGCAACGACGGGGUCAUGUCAGACGUCUGGGUCCUCGAGCCGCAGGGCACCUGGCACGAGAUGCCCACCAGCGGCGCUCUCGUGUCGCGAGCACACCACUGCGGGGCGGUGCAGGGGGACCUUUUGCUCGUGCACUCGGGUCAAGACGCGACCUUUCUGACGGCCCAUGCAGUCCACAGCCUUGACUUGUCCACUGGUGUCUGGCAGGAGCUGGUGUACCCCAGCGGGCCACCCUCGCGCAUCGACGCUGCUGCGGCAUCGGUCGAGGGUGUUGGUGUGCUGAUCCUGGGAGGAGUUGACACGGCCUUCGAGUUCGAGCCCGCGGAUCUCUGGCUGCUGGGGGGCACCUCUGGCGCUGGCGGCUCCGCGUCCUGCCCAGUGGCGCUGCCCCACGCGCGUGGCGCAGGGCCACAUCCCCAUGCUUGCGGCGGGCUGGCCGUCCGAGGGCUGCAAGUCUUCGCCUUCGGGGGCUUCGACGGGAAGAACGACUCGGACGAGCUGUGGCGCCUUGACCUCGCCAAGUGCAUCGUCUGA